AUGUCUGACUACUCCGACGACGCUGGUAGCGACUACUAUGACUCGGAUGGCUCGGUGAUAGAUGGUACCAAUGAUUCCGACUACGACGACGAGCCCAUGAUCCCUCAGUCGAAGGGCAAAGGCAAGAGCCGAGAUGUUGAAAGCAAGUCCCUCUCAGCAGCGCAGCUUCAAGAGCUCGUCGACAUUGACAUCAACCACGUAGCUAGCAUAACCGGUCUAGAGACCCCCAUCGUAUCCGUCCUUCUUCGCCACUUCAACUGGAAUUAUGACCGUCUCAUGGAGAGAUUCCUCGAGUCCGCAGACCGUGUGCUGCAGGAUGCCGGUGAGCCUACGCCGGCACACGACUCGAUGGACGUAACACCGCGCCCCACCAAACGUGCCCGGCUGGAGUCUCCUUUCCCGCCACCAUCUGACUUCUUGUGCCCGGUCUGCUGCGACGACGCGCCUCCGGCCGUUUUCCGUAUGAGGUGCAAUCACUCGUUCUGCAAGCCAUGCUGGCAGGAAUACGUCAUCUCGAAGAUCAAGGACGAAGGUCAGUGCACGUUCGCGUGCAUGCAUGACGACUGCAAAGCGAUCGUCGACGGGCCAUCCAUCGCCAAGCUGGUAGAGCCCAGCGUGAACGAACGCUAUGAGGAACUCGUCCGACAGUCCUACGUUCAGGCGCACCCCCAACUCCGCUUCUGCCCCCACCCAGGCUGCCCGCAGACGGUCUCCUGCACGUCAGCGAACAAGUCAUCGCUGACCACAGUCGUUCCCACCGUCAAGUGCGCCUCGGGCCACGCCUUCUGCUUUGGCUGCGGCCUCGACUCGGAUCACCGGCCCAUCAUAUGCAAGUUGGUCAAGAGCUGGCUCAAGAACGCACGUGAAGAUGCCGGCACGUCGCAGUGGAUCAAGGCGAACACGCGGACGUGCCCGAAGUGCGAAAACAACAUCGAGAAGAACGGCGGAUGCAACCGUAUUUUGUGCCGACAUUGUAACUAUCAGUUCUGCUGGCUGUGCAUGAAGAACUGGGACGUCCAUGGGUACAACAAUGAGGUUUGCAACGCGUGGAAAGAGCCCGAGCCAGAUGAGAUGAAGACGACGGCGAAGCAGAAUCUGGACAAGUGGCUGUUCUAUUUCGAUCGGUUCAACAAUCAUGAGAUCUCCGCGCGCCUAGACGAGGAGCUGUGCGCCCGCACGGAAGAGAAGAUGGUUGAGUGGCAGAAGACGAGCAAACUGUCGUGGAUUGAGUCUACGUUCAUGCACGAUGCCGUGGACGAGCUGACUCGAUGUCGCGUGAACCUCAAGUGGUCGUAUGCCAUGGCCUACUUCCUCGCGCCAGGGAAUGACAAGGAAAUCUUCGAGGCAAUCCAAGCGGAUUUGGAGAAAGCCGUGGAAGACCUAUCACAGCUGCUCGAAGAGCCAGUGGAGGCAGACAGCGUUAAGACCCUCCGGCAACGCAUGCUGGACAAAACGGUCUACGUCCGUGGUCGGCACGAGAUCCUACUGCAGGAUACCGCCGAAGGCCUAGAGCAGGGUCGCUGGAAUUGG